AUGUGGCGCAAUGAACGCCAAAAGAACCAGGCGCUGUCCCGGCUGUUGGUGCGGCAGCGCAAUCGAACCGGCCAGACGGAGAAGGAGGUGGCGGGCGGAUCGGAAGAGCAGGAGGAAGGCGAGACGUGGCUGUCCGAAGGGGCGUUGCCGCCGUUUGACCUGCACGCGGGCCUGGCCAUCGUGCGCGGGGAGACCAGCCGCCCGCCGACCCUGCCCCUCAAAAGGAAGUACGAGUCGGCGCCCAGUGUGACGAACGGCGUUCGAAAGGUGGCGCUGGCGCCGGUGCCAUCGUCGCCGUACUGCUCGGCGGAACGGAAGCCACCACCGGUCGGGGGCGAGGAGGGUUCGGAAUCGCAGCCGCUGGUCUCCAAACGAGAGCGGAGGCGGAAGGAGCUGUUCCCGCAGCAGCAGCUCUCGCUGAGCCCCUUCCCCAACGAAUCCAAGAUCGCGGAAGCCAAGCGAAGAAAGGUCGAGGCCGCGCCGUCGUCCACUGCGACCACUGUGACGCGCGGGAGGAGAGGAGAGAAGCUGCAGGAGAGCCGCAUCCCGACGCCCUCGCUGCGGCCCAAGGCCAAGCCCGAAGCCACCACGCCGCAGCGUACGCCCGGCGCCUCGGCAUCGGCCGACACGACACCCGAGGGCGAGGCCGCGACGGGACCCAAGGACUACAGCUGCCGGGACUGCAAGCGCAAGUUCUGCCGACGGGGCGACCGCGACAACCACGAGCUGCUCUGCGGCCACACCAAGUGGCGCAACGGCCAGACCCUCGCCCUCGGCUUCGUCGAACUCGACUAA